AAACGACCCUAACAGCUACGAUCUCCACGCCUUACACGAGCGAGCCGCCGUGCGCCGUCGAUACCGUCAGCCUGCUUCAAGGCCCCGAGGCCCCCUUCUACCACUCACGCGGACAAGCAUACACAAGAUCCGAUGCGACUAUUGUACACCGCAAGCGACGGGACGCUUCGAUGGACGAAGGACAUCAUACGUAGCAAAGAGAUUCCUCCCUAUGCGAUCCUCUCACACACCUGGGGUGAGCAGGAAGUGGUCUUCGAUGAUCUGAAAGACAUCGAAAACGCACAACGCAAGGAGGGAUAUCGGAAGAUUCGCUUCUGCGCGCAACAAGCUAAGCUUAAUGGUCUGGACUACUUCUGGGUUGACACCUGCUGCAUCGACAAGACGAACAGCCAAGAGCUUCAAGAAGCGAUCAACUCUAUGUUCUGCUGGUAUCAGAAAGCGGAAAAGUGCUAUGUCUUGCUUUCGGACGUCGAGAACAACUCAUCAGGAGAGAGUGGCAGUUUGCGCCGAAGAUGGAAGGCAGCGUUCAGGAAGAGCAGGUGGUUCAACCGAGGCUGGACGCUCCAGGAACUACUAGCUCCCCGCUCUGUCGAGUUCUUUUCGAAAGAGGGAGAGCUGCUAGGGGACAAGCAGUCCCUCAAAGACACUAUCAGUGAGAUUACAGGGAUACCUAGCGAAGCUCUUUCAGGGAAGCAAGUGUCUGAGUUUAGCGUAGCUGAGCGGUUCUCUUGGGCAGAAGAUCGCCAGACGACACGCGAUGAAGAUGGAGCAUAUUGUCUGUUCGGCAUAUUUGACAUCCAUCUACCGCUGAUAUAUGGCGAAGGCAGAGAAAAUGCACGCGAUCGGCUCAGAAGUGCGGUUAUUCUGAAGCACAAGGGCCGCAGUCACGACCAAGAAGAGAGGCUUGGCAAGAUCUGCAGCUGGCUCUCGGCGCCUGACCCAUCUACGAACUACAACAAAGCGCACAAGCAGCGGCAGGCUAAUACAGGUCUCUGGCUGCUAGAAAGCGCCAAGUUUUCAGAAUGGAAGGAGAGAACAGCGUCGCGACUGUGGCUGUACGGGAUCCCAGGAUGUGGAAAGACGAUUCUGAGCUCUACCAUCAUCGAGAAUCUGCUGCAAUACUGCCACGAUGACACUAACAUAGUGACGGCCUACUUUUACUUCGACUUCAACGACACACAGAAGCAGGACCCAGAGCUCAUGCUGCGCUCGCUGCUCUGCCAGCUUCUGCAGCGGUCGGUCGUGAUACCCAAAGGCGUUGAUGCGUUGUUCUCAUCUUGCGAGAACGGGCAACGGAAGCCAUCGUCGCAUGCGCUUUUACAAGUAACAAAGGAAGCGGCGCAAGAAUUCACCCACGUGUACGUUGUUCUCGAUGCUCUAGAUGAGUGUGCGCAGCGCUCGGAGCUGAUGGACAUGCUCGAAGCAGUGGCUGGUUGGCAGCUUAACAAUCUGCAUCUGCUCAUGACUAGCCGGAAAGAGCGGGAUAUCGAGCGCUCCUUAGAGGAAUACAUCAGGGAGGAGGACACUGUAUGUCUUCAAAGGGACGUAGUGGACAAGGACAUACAGCGAUACAUCCAACAAAGGCUGCGCGUCGACAAGGGCUUGGCGAAAUGGAACAGGGAUGCCGUCGUCAGGCAGGAGAUUGAGGACGCGCUAAUGGGCGGAGCUCGCGGGAUGUUUCGAUGGGCUGUAUGCCAGCUAGACACACUAGGAAAGUGUUGCAAUCGAGCGAUGCUGCGCAAAUCUCUUGCUAGUCUGCCGCGGACGCUAGACCAGACAUACGACCGCAUUCUUACUGCGAUAGGCGAGGAAUAUUCUGAGUAUGCGAUGCGUAUCCUGCAGUGGCUGACGUUCUCUGCGCGGCCGCUGUCCGUCGAAGAGGUCGCCGAAGUCGUCGCCAUCGACGUGGCGCGCGACCCAGCGUUCGACGGUGAUGAGGUGCUAGAAGACCCGCUAGAAGUGCUGGACAUCUGCUCGAGUCUAGUCACUAUCACAACGAACGAAGUGGACAGAAGAUCAGGGUCUGCUCAACGGAUCGUUGCUCUAGCACACUACUCAGUGCAGGAGUACCUUGUGUCAGACAGGAUCAGGCAAGGGUUAGCAAAGCAGUACAGCAUGCAAGAGGCCGCAUGUCAGAGCGCAAUAACGAGAGGUUCUUUAAAGUACCUGAUGCAGCUCCAGCAACCAUUAAAAAGAGAGACACUUCACGUGUCUGCACUUGCGAGGUACUCAGCAGAAUUUUGGAGCAGCCACCUUCGAAAGACAGGAGACGAGGUAGAACAAGCCAGUCAGCUGGCGGCGAGUUUAAUGGCCAAGGAACAGCCUGCAUAUCUCACCUGGAUCCGGUUGCAUGAUCCAGACCGUCCUUGGGAGGAGCCAAAUCUGGAAAAAAGCGAUGAUAACAUACCCAUGCCACUCUACUACGCCGCAUUGUUAGGCUUUAGCAUAGUUACAAGACUGCUGCUCGAUGCGGGCGCCGAUAUCAACGCGCAGGGUGGACACUACGGCAACGCACUGCAGGCGGCUUCAUACAGAGGCCACGAGCAGGUAGCCAAGACGCUGCUCGACGCGGGCGCCGAGGUUAACGCGCAGGGUGGACACUACGGCAACGCACUGCAGACAGCUUCAUACAGAGGCCACGAGCAGGUAGUCAAGACGCUGCUUAACGCGGGCGCCGAGGUCAACGCGCAGGGUGGAACGGCAACGCACUGCAGGCAGCUUCAUACGGAGGCCACGAGCAGGUAGUCAAGACGCUGCUCGACGCGGGCGCCGAUGUCAACGCGCAGGGUGGACACUUCGGCAACGCACUGCAGGCAGCUUCAUUUGAAGGCCACGAGCAGGUAGUCAAGACGCUGCUCAAUGCAGGUGCGCAUCAACACCUAGAGGAUGAUCUUGCGUUAGGGGCCGAAUAGCUUUGUUUAUGUAUUUUACCAAAGGUCUCAAGAUAACAGUAGCAGUUAGGGACAGUAUGCAAUGAGCGUGUUGAGUCGACCUAGAAAGUAACAUGGCGCGUAGGAGAACAGGACUUUAGACGUGUGUCUUAAGUUGAGUUAAUGCUUCUCGAAAGGCAGCAGAGCGCGCCACAUCUAUUUUAAGGUGCUACAAGGUGGGCAUAGCGCUGAAUUUAUUACAAUAGAAUACAGUAGGUAACAAGCGCGCUAAUGCAGGCCC